UUCCAUGUGAUAAAGCUUUUUUCUUUUCCUCUUACCUUGAAUAUUUGCAGAAUAUAGUAUCUCUUUGUCACUUUUAUUAUGGUUUUUCCCUGUUGUUUACACUAUUCUGUUUGAUGAAAAUAGCCUUUUUUAUGCUUUUUCUGGGUUAACUGUUAUUAUUUUUUAUACAUAUUUUGUGCCCAAUAUCUUAUCACCUGAUUGUGAUCCUCAGUUUGCUGUUGUAUUUCUCUUUCAUACUGCUGUUAUCAUUAUAUUCGUCUAAUUCAGGCAGCCCGGAAUGUCCAUUGACAGCUUACCAGAUGAAAUAUUGGAUUUAAUGUUUGAAAGAAUACUGUUCAUUGAAGAUGUUAUAAGUUGUUCAAAGGUAUGCAGACAUUGGUGGACUUUAGCUCAGAGACGAUUGAAUUACGUUAACUACCUCAUUGCCUGUGUCAGUGUUAAAGAUUUUGAUUCUUUUGCAGAUGUCUGUUUAUAUCAAGGAAGAAAAUUUAUCUUCUAUCGAGCAGAUAAAAGCAGUUAUCAAUACAUGAGAAUACUUCCUAAUUUAAAGAUAAUUGAUGUAGAGAAGAGCUUAGAUCGUGAAGAGGAGACCAUAUUUCUGCGAGCUUUAGAAUCCAGACAGAAAAUCAAAGGCUUGGCUUAUCCUUAUUAUGAACCAGAAGGACCAUGUAAAUCUAUGUUUCUCAAGCACAUAGAAAUGUUCGCUCCUGGUUAUCUUAAUAAUAAUAACGACUUCGUGAUAAACCUUUGUUCAGAUACUAUAAGACAGUUGUUUUUUGAAGAUAAUUAUGUAGCCAUAGAUGAUAUAAUCUCAAAGUGCAAAUCCUUGGAACGGAUUCAUAUUCAUCAUCAUGAAGGAGCCAGGCUAAUGACCUACAACGGAACACCAUCAGAAAGUUUGCAAUAUCUCGAAUUGGAUGUAACUUACUUUUAUUGUCCUGAUACAUGCAUCAAUAAAUUUAUUGAUGUGUGUCCCAAGUUAAAUAGCCUAUUCCUCCGUUUCUCUGAUACAGUGUAUAAUUUUAUUCCCUCUAAAAGCCACAAAUCGCUUGAAAAUCUAGUCCUUGAAUAUUACACGCGUUCAAAGGAUCCCAAACCAAUUAAAUGGACCAAUAUACCGAUAUUUUUGCAAAAGGUUCCUAACUUGAAGAAUCUUGCUAUCCGAUCGUGCCCUGGACUUAAAGAUAUUCACAUAUAUGACAUUCUGACCUCCUGUCCUAACCUUAAACUUCUUGAUCUUAGAGGUUGUUCUGACAUCAAUUCAGAAUCGGAUACUAUGAUCAAUGAAAUACACCAAUCAAAAGACUACCAAAUUGAAAUAUUGACAGGAUCUUACUCUAAAUUACCUCUUCAUCACCACGAAAAAGUUGUCUGCCAAGGAUUUGACUUCAUGAAACAUAUUUUCCAUAAAUCAUGGAAAAAUAUUCCACUUUUCCUAACGCACGAUUGAAAUGGUAAAUUGGUUUGUGCGAAUACAAUUUAGCAUUUAAACACUGUUCUGCAAAAUCUGCAAAGUUCAAAAAGCACAACUGUUUGUUUUCAUCACCCAUCAUCAUCAUAGCGUCCACACCAUCAUCAUCAUCAUGACUGAUCUACGACUAUAUUAGCGCCUUGCCAUAAAUUAUCCAUCAAAUUUACUUCAGAUUAGCACGAGAACUUCGCUGGUAAUGAUUUUAUUGAAUCAUCUUCUCCAAUGUUUCUUCUCUAAUGCAUAUACUUCUUAAUUGUCCACAUGAAAAACCAUUCAACGAUUAAUUAUAUGUAAAUCAUAUUGAUGAUUAAUUUUUUUCUACAAUUAUCAUUCAUCGUUUCAUUUUCAAUCCAUUUACAAGUCACCCUUGUUUUCAUUGAUUAACAACUAAGUUCAUCUUGUGACAAUUUCUGAUUUUUUUUCUAAAUCAAAUUGUUUAUUGUUUAUUUGUUUAAUUAUUCACAGCCAUUAUCUUAAGGUGUUAAAAUUGACUUGCUAAUAUGCUGUUGCUGUAAUGAAAUUACUCUUUCAAAAGACUGAAUUAGCUUUUCAGUUCUUCAUAUAUUGUGAUUUGGUUCUAAUUGUGAUUGCUUUUUUAUCAUCAUUAAACCUAUUUUAUCAGAAAUGAAAAA